CUGCCUAGUGCUGCACUACAUGUUCGGCUAAAUCAACAACAUCCGGAUGCCGGGUUUCUUAACUGUCAGUGCGUACAAUUGACAGAUGAGGUAGUUUGGGUUUAAUUGUUUGCACAUUUGCAUGUUGUGGGUGAGGAAUUUUACACAACUGUACUGGAAAUCGUAUAAAUAUUUCUUUCCUCGGCUUAUGGUAGUGUGUAACAGUGUAGCGAAGAGUUGAUAAACGUGCCAAUAUGCUUGCAGUAUUUUGGAAAAUCACCAUCAUCACUUUCGCUGUUAGUUUUUCUACAUGCGAAUCUCAUACUCACAAGACAAAAGGAGCAAAAGAAAAUGUUGAAGAUGGAAAUUAUAUUGCUCGUGAUAAGGAUCACUUCAAAGAUGGGGAACAUGAUUACGAAUUCGAUCAUGAAUCUGUUUUAGGAAGUCGUCAAGCUGCUGAAGAAUUUCAUAAGUUGUCUCCAAGUGAAGCAAAAGCAAGAUUGAAACUUUUAGCUCAUAAGAUGGAUGAAAAUGAAGAUUCAUUUGUUGACAGAAAAGAGCUUACAAAUUGGAUUUUGCGAUCAUAUGCAAUGCUGACAGAAGAAGAAGCAAUGCAAGAAAUGGAAAAUGAAGAUGGUGAUGGAGAUGGGAAAGUUACUUGGGAAGAACACAUUGCUGAUGUUUUUGGCAUUAUGGAUGAUGAUAUGAUAGGAAGUGUAGACAAAACAUCCGAUGACUUCCAGAUGUUGCAGAAUGAUAAAGAGCUGUUUGAGGCUGCAGAUGUAAAUAAAGAUGGCAUUUUAGAUAAAUCUGAAUUUCCUGCUUUUUCACAUCCUGAAGAGUUUGAACGUAUGUACCAGGUUGUAUAUGAGCAAGCUAUGAGGAAAAGAGAUGCAGAUAAAGAUGGCUUUUUGAGCUUUGAAGAAUAUGUAGCCGAUACUUAUGGAGCUACUCCAGUUUCUACCUCUGAACAGUAUAUUAUGGAGAAAGAUCGAUUUACUCAUGAUUAUGAUCUGAAUAAUGAUAAUAAAUUAGAUAAAGAAGAAGUUUUGCUUAUGUUAAUUCCAAACAAUGUAGAAGCUGCUGAAACUGAAGCAGACCACUUAAUUGAAAGUUCAGAUUCUGAUAAAGAUGAAAGAUUGUCAUUGGAAGAAAUUGUUGAUCAUCAUGAAAUUUUUGUAGGAAGUGAAGCAACUGAUUAUGGUGAACAGUUAAAAAACAUUCCUAGAUAUACUGAUGAAUUGUAGUCAUAAUUAAACUCUUUUUUUAUACGAGAUUCUAUUCAAUUUUCGAAACAAACUUCCCAGCUGUAUUUCAAAAACAGCUUAUGCUAAACGAUGAGGGGAAUAAACAUCAGCUAUUUUUUUAUUGAUGAUAUAUGUCACACAGAUUUUAGAAGUUUAACAAUAGAUUAUUAAAUUUUGAACUUAAUUUCUGUGAAAUAAAAUUUUUAUGAUUCCAUUUUCUAUGCUUUAUUUGUAUUUUAAUGUGUGUUUAGUAACAUACUUAUCCAACAUGAAGUAAAUUCCAAAAAUUUAAAUUAUACUUUUAUUUUCAUAAAACGUUACAAGAAAUUUAAAUUAUUAUAAUAAUAACAACAAAUACAUGCACAUUUUAUAGAAUGAAUCCUGGUGAUUUUUGUAUUAAACAUUUUACCUUAACAUUUUAUAUAAUUCAUUAUAAAUGGCCUCUAAUCCAUUUCAGAAAAGUUGGUAAUGCAUUAUGUAAAAAAAGGUAACAGUUUCCUUUUAUUAGUUUUAAAUUUUCAUAGUCUGCACUUUUGCAAUAGUUAAGAUUUUCUGGCAUUAAAAAUUAUUCUGAUUCAUGUUAUAUUUGUACCUUGGUAACAAAAAAGCCAGUGUUCAAAAUGUUCAAAUACUAACAUUUUUUUCACAAAAUUUUCCACAGAUUUCAUUUUCCCACAUGAAAAUUAUGAAUUUCACAAAAGGUAACUGGCUAGUUUGCUUCUACUACUAUGUAUGUUAGACCUAUUUGGUCAACAAUAUGAUAUGUACACUUAAGUAAAAAGGCCUAUUGUAAUGAUAUUUUCAGAGAUAAGCAUUCAAGUAAGAAGUAGCUGCAUCCAUUUUCAAGCAUCUGAAAAAAUUAACCAUUGGAGAAAUAUUUCACUGAAUUCUUUAUAUUAAAUAAUUAGCUCGAACAAAAAUAUUUACCUAAUAAUUUGCAAAAUGGACACUGACCUUUUUCUGCCAAAAAAAUUUGUUUUUGGUCAAAUUAUGUAUAUAUUGUAAAACGUUUUAGUCAGUUUGCUUGUGCCAAAUGUUUUCAUGACAUUUUUUAUAGUAAACAUCAUUGUAGAUGAUAUUAUUAAUUAUUAAAUUGUAUUAUGUUUCUUUAAUUAUAUAAUCCUUACAUUUUUUAAUUUGUGUGUUCUUAAUAGUUUUAUGUCUUAAUAAAGCUAUACACUUCGAAAAUGCACUGUAAUAAUGUAUGAAUAAAUUUAGGAAAAUAAGAAAUGUAUGCAUAACAUCAUACUAAAAUCAGAUUUUGAUUUCAUAUAUUCAUUAUUUUAAGAAAUAAAAAAAAAAAAAAGAA